CCGGCGUAUCCGCGAUGAUGUGCAUGUAUGGACACGGACGUAAAAACAACAUUGUGGAGUUAUGCAGUUUCUGACGCACAACAAUGUUCAAUAAUAUGCAAUAAAACAAAUAUCAUCAGCGCUUAAAUUGCACCAGCAAUCUGGACAGAAUCCGGCACGUAAGCUUUGACAGCAAUGGAAAAAAUUAAAGUUGACAGUUUAAAACCCACAUCGAAUUCAUUUUGCCGGCAGUGCUGCUCUACAAAAAUUCAGAAAAUCAUACAAAACCCAACGUCUGAAGAAUUUAAACAUGUUUAGGAAUAUUUGGUGAGGGAAAUAAUAAUUUUGUAACUUAUUUAAAAAUAAAUAUUAUUGCAAUAUUAUUAGCCUUCUACUUUUAUUAUCUUCACUGAUGGUCUUCACCAUAGAGAAGAAUAUUGCCAAAAAAAUGAAUAAACAAAAAUUACUUCGCGAAACCCGGCGAAAGCCUCUAUUCGAUCAAUUAGAGGUGACAAAAUGUCCGAAAGUUAAACCCUUGAAGAAUGUUGAUAAAAACAAACUGUUGGGUUAUUGGUUCGCUUAUGCCACAACUCCCUUGCACUUGCCGGUUUACCAACGACGGUGUGCGUCCUACAACGUGAAGGAUAAUCCGUUCUUCAAUACUAAUAUAUUGUACACAGACUACGACCACGUAACUAUCACAUAUGGCUGUACUUACAAUGACAUGACCGAGCUGUAUGAUAUCAAAUUGCGCAUUCUUACCCGCACUCGAACCCCCUUGGUAGACAACUUGAAUAAGGCUCUUUUUUAUUUGGAAUCUAUUGCAUUUCCCACUGGCAAGCUCGAGUUUCUUAAAGCCGAAGCGUUUUGCUUCGAAUGGUACCAGCUGAACUUCCAGAUAAAGCCAAGACCAGGGCGAUUUAGCUCCCCCAUAAACACAGUUUUGGAUAAUUUACGUCUCUAAUGGUGGCAAUGACAGCACAGAAUAACUACUGCAUAACUGUUGUUCAUUAUUGAAAUAUAAUCAAUAUGUGAAGGACCUGCCAAGUGACGGAGAGGAAAUCGUAUAGUUUAAUUAGCUCAGGCAACUCGAAUCAAAAUCAAUUACGAACGC